AUGAGAUGGAAAAAUGAGAUGGAUGAGUUGAAUCAAGGUACUCAAUUCAGUGGAACUAUGUCUGCAAAUCAAUUGGAUCCUCACAGUGAACCAUUUCUAGGUCCCCAACCUAGUGCAGAUUUAUUGCCCAAUUAUUGUCGCCAUAGUGAGAAAAUGUUGAUGAUAGUUGAUUGGUUACAUGGAAUUAGUCAUGUAGGCCAAUUGCGGGUUACGGCAGUGUGCACAUUGCAAGAGCAAAAAAGGUGUUCAUGGUUGAUACUUGGAAGGGUUCAAACAUGCAAUGGAUAUUUUUACUUGAAGACGUUGAACAACUUGCAUAGUUGUGGUGCUGUUGUUCGCACUAGGAAGAAUAACAGACUUAACUCUGAAUUGGUUUGCAAUGUUAUUGGUGAUCAGUUACGUGAUAAGCUGCUUACACGUCCCACUGAUGUCGUGUUUGACCUAAAAAAGGAGUACGACCUUAAUGUUAGUUACCAUAUAGCAUGGUUAGGUGUGGAGAAGGCAAGAGGCGAAGUGUAUGGUGACUAUCAUGUUUCAUUUGAUCAACUUAUGUGGUACACAGAUGCGGUUAUGCAGUACAACCCUGGGAGUUAUGUCAACUUAGAUUUCGAGCAGUCUACCGGCCGAUUUAAGUGGUUCUUCAUAUCAUUCAAAUCUUGCAUUGACGGAUUCAACCAUAUUCGCCCAUUAUUGUUUCUUGAUGACACUUUUUUAAAAGGGAGAUUUAAAGGCAAUUUGCUUGCAGCGACGGGGAAGGAUGGCAAGAAAGGUUUAUUCCCAUUAGCUUUUGCUAUUGUUGACUCUGAAACAACUACAAAUUGGACUUGGUUUUUACAUCAACUGACAAAGGUUGUUAGUAGUGCUUGCACAUUAACUUUCAUAUCUGAUCAUAAUAUUGGGCUGCUUGAAUCCUUGCCUACUGUAUUCCCAUCUGCACACCAUGUGUACUGCUUACAACAUCUCCAAGCAAAUUUGAAGGACAAAUUACGAUGGGUUGACAACCGUGGCAAACGAUAUGGGGAGAUGACCUCGAACACUGCAGAAUCGUUUAAUAAAUGGAUACUUGAUGCCCGUAAUUAUCCAAUCACAAGGUUGGUUGAUACAAUCAGUAAUCAAAUAAUGACUAUGAGGGCUGAGCGUAAAGUUUUGGCUACUAAUUGGAAUGAGUUACUUUGUCCAAAAAUGGAAAGCCGUGUUAGGGAGGCGUACUCCAAUGGUUGCACAUGGAUUGUUAGCCAGGCAAAUGAAGACAUAUACGAGGUCUAUUCAUUUCCAACGGUGUUAGUAGACGUUGGCAAGCAUUCAUGUUCAUGUCUCCAGUGGCAAUUGAACGGAUUCCCAUAUGCACAUGUGGUGGUUGCAAUACAGAAUAGUGGAAGGGAUUUUAGUAUAUGUGUUGAAAAAUUUUUCAUCGUUGAUCAGUACAAAGCCGCUUAUUCCGGAUACAUUCAGUCAAUACCAACAGUUGACAAACCCUCCUAUUCGGAAGACGACUUCAUCAUAUAUCCACCGGAAGUUAAACGUCCUCCAGGGCGACCCAAGAAGAAUCGAAUACCAUCUCGGGGAGAGAAACUAAGUCAGAUCAGGUGCGAUCGAUAUGGCUGCAUGGGCAGCCACAACCGAAAGACAUGUAAAGAACCAAUUUAG